AAGAAGAGCAGCACAUCUAUCACUCUGCACAACCUCGAAUCAUACAUCUAGGGCUUUAACACCAGCUGAAGAAGCGAAACGAUUGCCGCAAGCUCCAUCGCUUCUCUCGAUUAUCGCGCCACCGAAUCUUGAAUACAGAGAUUAUUUUGAUUGCGUGGACGUUUUGCGAGGUAGGCAAUGGCGAAUAAUCCGCAGGCUCCCGGUGGUCAGACUCUUCGGCCGCCUUCAGUUGGGCCCAUGGGCUCCCAGAAUUUUGGGGCACCCUACCCCAUGCAGUUUCGACCUAUGGCUCCUGCGCUACAAGGCCAACAUCCUAUGCCGGUUUCCUCAGCAUCACAACAAUUUUCUCCAGCUGGGCAAGUCAUGCAUCCUGGUCAAGGGCAGCAGCCACUACAGUAUUCUCAACCGAUGCAGCAUUUACAAUCAAGGCCGCUCCAGCCUGGUCCUGUUCCUCCAUCACAGGCUACUCAAAUGCCUUACCUUCAGCAGAACAUGACUUAUGCAUCUGGUCAACAACAGUAUCAGCAAGCUGCCCCAGCAAAUGGCCAUGGUUAUGGCGGUCCUGGAGUGCCUCUCUCUUCAUCAUAUACUUACACUGCUUCAUAUGGCCAGCCACAAAACACCAUGAAUAUGCCUCCUCAAUUUCAACCUGCUUCGCAAAUACAAAUGCCUGCAGUUCCUGUAGGGGGGCAACCUUGGUUACCACCUAUUAGUCAAGGUUUACCCGCUGCUACACCUAUGCAACCAAUUGCACAGCAGCCUGCAGCUUCUCCUGGCCCUGUUACGGUUGUUAGCUCCCCACAUACUUCCUCUGAUUGGCAAGAGUUUGAAGCUAGUGAUGGGAGAAGAUACUAUUACAACAAAAUAACGAAGCAAUCUUGUUGGGAGAAGCCUUUGGAACUAAUGACACCUUUAGAGAAAGCGGAUGCAUCCACUGUUUGGAAAGAGUUCACAACUGCUGAGGGCAGAAAGUAUUAUUAUAACAAGAUCACAAAGCAAUCAAAGUGGUCCAUUCCUGACGAAUUAAAGUUAGCACGUGAACAGGCUGAGAAAGCAGCUGGAGAUGGAUCACAGUCGGAAUCAGUUAUAGCUACUUCAGGAACGGCCAAAGAAAUGGUUGAUGUGCUGACUACUGCACCCCCUUCAAACGAAGUAGCAUCGACAACAGUUGGGGUAGCUUCAAGCCCUGUUCCUGUUACACCCGUCAGUGCUCCCCUUAUGACCAUUUCUGAAUCAGCUACACCUGUUGUGAAUGUUGCUGCAGACACUACCACUGCAACUGUUGCAGGAAGUGUGGGACUUUCUAAUGCUUCUGUUAAUGUCAACACAACUCCAGUUACUGGAUCUGAAACUCCAGUUUCACGUGAUGCUGGGAAUUCUUCAGAGGGAGCUUCUGUGCAAGAUAUUGAGGAAGCAAAAAAGGGAAAGGCGGAUGCUGGGAAGAUUAACUCGACGCCAGUGGAAGACAAAACUGUCGAAGAUGAACCUUUUUUAUAUGCUAAUAAGCAGGAGGCCAAAAAUGCAUUCAAAGCACUAUUGGAGUCUGCAAAUGUGGAGGCUGACUGGAACUGGGAGCAGGCUAUGCGAGUGAUCAUAAAUGACAAGAGAUAUGGUGCCUUAAAAACACUCGGUGAGCGGAAACAAACAUUCAAUGAGUACUUGAUGCAACGGAAAAAAUUGGAAGCUGAAGAACGGCGCUUAAGGCAGAGGAAAGCAAAAGAGGAAUUUACAAAGAUGUUGGAAGAGUCUAGGGAACUCACGUCAUCCAUGAGAUGGAGCAAAGCUGCAACUCUUUUUGAAAAUGAUGAGAGGUUUAAGGCUGUUGAACGAGCUGCGGAUCGUGAAGAUCUCUUUAAAAACUAUUUAGUGGAUCUACAGAAAAAGGAAAAAAUGAAGGCUCAGGAGGAGUACCGACAAAAUAGGCUCGAUUACAGAAAAUUCCUCGAAACCUGUGGUUUGGUCAAGGUGGAUACUCAAUGGAGGAAAGUUCAGGAUCGUAUGGAAGAAAGUGAAAGUGGUUCCCGACUUGAAAAAAUUGACCGGCUGGAAAUUUUUCAGGAAUAUAUUCGUGACUUGGAAAAGGAGGAAGAUGAACAAAGGAAGAUAAAAAAGGAACAAGUAAAACGGGUAGAGCGGAAAAACCGUGAUGAAUUCCGCAAGAUGAUGGAGGUAGAUGUUGCUUCUGGUAAUUUUACGGCUAAAACUUUGUGGUUUGAUUAUUGUCAGAAGGUUAAGGAUUCUGCACCUUAUCAUGCUGUUGCACUAAAUCUUUCUGGUUCCACACCCAAAGAAUUGUUUGAGGAUGUUUCAGAAGAUUUACAAAGACAGUACGAUGAAGACAAGGCGAAUUUAAAAGAUGCUCUCAAGUCGGCAAAGAUCACUGUUGAAUCAAGUUGGACAUUUGAAGACUUCAAGACUGCCAUUGCUGAAAUUAUUGAUUCACUAUCAAUAUCUAGUAUCAAUCUACAGCUUGUAUUUGAAGAUCUACUUGAAAGAGUGAAAGAGAAGGAGGAGAAAGAAGCCAAAAAAAGACAGCGUCUUGCUGAAGACUUCAGUGAUAAAUUGAGGACCAUCAAGGAUAUAACUGCAUCAUCUGAGUGGGAUGAAUGCAAGCAGCUUUUUGACAGUAGCUCAGAGUAUCGAGCAAUUAAGGAAGAGAGCUCAGCUAGGCAGAUUUUUGAGGAACACAUUGCACGUCUCCAAGAGAAGGCAAGAGACAAGGAAAGAAAACGAGAGGAGGAAAAGGCCAAGAAAGAGAAGGAGAAAGAGGAAAAAGAGAAAAGAAAGGAAAGAGAAAGGCGAGAGAAAGAGAAAGAGAAAGAACAUGAAAAAGAUAACGAGACGAGCGUCGAGCGGUCCAAGGACAAUAAUGAGGGUGAAAAUCUGGAUGCCGCUGACAAUUAUGUCCACAAAGAGGACAAGAAAAGAGAAAAGGACAGGGAAAGAAAACAUCGGAAGCGACACCAUAAUGAUGUGAAUUCUGAGGAGGAUGAAAAAGAGGAUUCUUAUAAGAAGUCUCGUCGACAUGGCAGUGAGGAUGAGAAAGAGCACUCAAAGAAGAGCCGUCGACAUGGCAGUGAUGAUGAGAAUGACGACGGGAAGAAGUCUCGUCGUCAUGGAAGCGAGGAUGAGAUAGAGGACACAAAGAAAUCCCGCCGUCAUGGCAGUGGUCGUAAAAAAUCUAGAAAGCAUGCUUAUACGCCCGAGUCAGAUGGUGAAAGCAGACACAAAAGACACAGGAGAGAUCACCGUGAUGGUUCUCGUAGAACUGGUGGUCAUGACGAGCUUGAAGAUGGUGAGCUUGGCGAGGAUGGGGAAAUUCAGUAGUGCCUACUUCAGAUACUCUAGGUUUCAUAAAAUACAAGACUCGGAGUCUAAUCAUACAUUUCUUAUCAUUAAUUCUGAUGAGUUUGUGACCGGCAAGUGUUAACCCUUUUUGGUAAUGUCUUGCUAGAAUCACCUCCUUUGUUAAAUUAGUAUUCUGCUUGGUACUUGCCAAUCAUGUCCAUUAUAAAUUGACUUCUCAUAUCGCAGUAAUACAUUGUUGUGGUCGAGAGGUGAUUUUGUCUCCAUAAUAGGCUCUUACAUUUUUAUAUUUGGAAAAUAGAGUUUUCCUGACUUUCUUUUGGGGAUUAA